AUGGCUGCUACCAGCAACGUGACACAAAUCAUCUUAUUAGGAUUGUCCCAGAACCGGGAUGUACAGAAGAUCAUUUCCGUGAUUUUCCUCCUCAUGUACACAGCCAUUGUGCUGGGCAACGGUCUCAUCGUGGUGACCAUCAUGGCCAGCAAAGGGCUGACCUCGCCCAUGUAUUUCUUCCUAGGUUUCUUGUCCUUUGUGGAGAUCUGUUACUCCUCUGUCACAGUCCCCAAGCUCAUCCUUGACUCUUUUAUGGAGACAGAAGUCAUUUCUGUCAAGGGCUGCAUCACGCAGAUAUUUUUCCUCCAUUUUUUGGGCGGCACUGAGAUAUUUUUGCUGACGGUGAUGGCCUACGACCGCUACGUGGCCAUUUGCAAGCCCCUCCACUACACCGUCAUCAUGAACCGGCGAGUGUGUAGUCUCUUGGUGGGGGCCGCGUUGGGUGGGGGCUUGCUGCACUCUGCGGGGCAAACCUUCCUCCUAUUCCAGCUGCCCUUCUGUGGCUCCAAGACCCUGGACCACUACUUUUGCGAUGUCCACCCUGUGCUGAAAAUGGCUUGCUCAGAUACCUUCCUCAUUGGUGUGCUAAUCAUCGCCAAUGGUGGCCCCGUCUCAGUGAUCAGCUUCGUGGUGCUGCUGACUUCGUAUGUGGUCAUCCUACACUCCCUGCGGAGCCAGAGCUCAGAGGGCCGGCGCAAGGCCCUGUCCACCUGCGCCUCUCAUGUUGCGGUGGUGGGUCUGUUCUUCAUUCCCUGCUCCUUUGUCUACAUGAGGCCCUGUGUCACCUUCCCUGCUGACAAGAUAGUGGCUGUGUUUUACACAGUGGUCACGCCGCUCUUAAACCCUGUCAUUUACUCCUUCAGGAAUGCUGAAGUGAAAAACGCUGUGAAGAGACUGAUAGGAAAGAAGGCGAUUAGGGAGGAGAACUUGAUGUUUAGGAGGGGAAAAUAG